CUUUUCCAUUCGUUUUUACCAUUGUAUUCUUGCUUUGGGCUGGUCCCUCAUUCAUUCUCUACAAAAUCAAUCAACCUUUUCAACUUCAAAAUGAAGCUCUCUCUUCUCGUUGCCGCGGCCAUCGCGCCCCUGGUCUCCGCCCACUACUUCUUCGACACCCUCAUCAUCGACGGCCAGGAAACCUCGCCCAACCAAUACGUCCGCUCCAACACCCGGCCCCAGAAAUACAACCCGACCAAAUGGGUCAACACCCGCGACGACAUGACCCCCGACGUGCCCGACUUUCGCUGCAACAAGGGCGCCUUCACCUUUGCUGGCCAAACCGGCACCGCAGAGGUCAAGGCCGGCUCCAAGCUUGCCCUCAAGCUGGGUGUGGGUGCUACCAUGAAGCAUCCCGGUCCUGCUCUGGUGUACAUGUCCAAGGCUCCCAGUGCCGCCAAGGAAUACGAGGGCGAUGGCAAGUGGUUCAAGAUCCACGAGGAGAGCGUCUGCGACAAGAACAAGGACUUUACCACGGAUGCCUGGUGUACGUGGGAUAAGGAUCGUGUCGAGUUUACAAUUCCUGCGGAUCUGCCGGAUGGAGAGUAUCUGAUUCGGCCGGAGCAUAUCGGCGUGCACGGCGCUCACGUUGGAGAGGCCGAGUUCUACAACACCUGUGCGCAAGUCAAGGUUGUCGGCGGCGGCAAUGGAACUCCCGGCCCUACUGUCGAGUUCCCCGGCGCUUACAAGAAAAAUGACCCCUCGUUCAACUUCAGCAUCUGGAAUGGCUACAAGGACUAUCCCAUGCCUGGUCCGGAGGUUUGGACUGGGUCGGGCUCUGGCAGCUCUUCCAAAGUGGCUGACACUACUGCUUCCUAUCAGGGAAAUGUGGGCACUUGCAGCAACAAUUUCCAUGUUCGUGAGCAUGCUCGUGAUUUUAGCUACUAAAGCGAUGGGGAAGACUUUUCCGGUUCUGUUGUUGAGGCUUUGGGGCAGGAUUGAUCUAAAGGUGUAGCUGGUGGUCUGUUGAAAAGUCUAUAUCCUAUACUGAGCUAGAAGAUGACUAUGUCAUCUAAAACUUGUAAUAGUGAAUUGAAGGCCUAU